CUCGAUCAUAAUAGGCACCUAUCCAAACAAUUAUAGCCAAUUCAAUCUUUCGUACAGGCUUAACAGUUUGGUUUGACCCACCAAAGGUACAAAAUCAGAGGUAGUCUGGUUACAGUGUUUUUACCAUAUGGAGUGCUAGUGGAAUUUUUAAACAAAUAUUUUAAACUGUAACAACUAUACUAAAUAAUAAUAGAAGUCACAUAGUGCUUUAGUUGUGAUAAUGUCCGUACUAGGAAUAUGGGUUUUGGCGUCUCUGCUUGGAUGCUGUAUUGGAUACGUAGUACUACAAAGGCCAGCGGAAUACUAUGACUACCAGAACCAACCCUACGCCUAUCAAUGGCAGCCUCUAGAAUAUCAACCCCCGGAUUAUCCGCCAAGUUAUUACAGCAGCUAUUACUACUACUACCCGCUUUCCUUCGGAUUCCCCGAAUCACCACCAUCCAUUCCCGGACCACGUCUAUCGUUUGACGAGGCCCAAAAACUCCUCCAAGUGUACCGUCUCAUCCGGGUGAUCGACAUAUUCCGAGAACCGAUCAAAACCGUAACGUCUCUUGACAGACUGGUCCAGCAGUUAACCAACGAUACCAUCCAGGAGCAGCUCGUUGAACUUCUGUGCCACGUCGAUGGCUACGAGGAAGUUGCCGCCCUGGUGCGUGGUCCUCCGGGGCUUGAUUUGGAUCUGUUUGUUGACAACAUCGGUCGGUUACUCCUGGCGAUCCAGCGGUCGUUGAAUGCGCUAGAUUUAGAUGACGAUGAUUAUCAUCGCAGCAUUCUUUCUCAAGGAUAUGCUGGACUGCCGGAAACACUCCGCAAACAACUGCGACAGUUUAGAGAUGUGGCGAAUGCACUGACUGUGGCUCAAAUCGAACAGGAGUUGAAGGAUGGUUCGAAGAGUAAAGCGAAGGAAGCACUGGUGACAGAUCUUUUGGAGAACUUGACUGGAGAAGAAGAUGAGGACAGCUCAUUGGUGGAUGAGUUCAACGAAAAUUUCGAUGUCGUGGAUGAUGAUGAGGAUUCGUUGGCUUUGGAUAAUGUUGACAAGUACGUAGUUGUGAUUGAUGAUGUUGAAAAAGAACAACAAUCCCAGAAACCACAAUUUAGCCAAGAAGAUCUCGAUAAAUUGGCCAAUGUUUUGGAGCAUUAUUUGGAACAACAAAAAAUGGCCGAAGAUAUUUUGAAGAAAGAAAAAAGUCAAGAGAAGCCAGUGCUACUAAAACCUAGUGUUGAUCCUACGACUAGCACGACAACUACGUCGACCACACCACCUACCCCGGUUCCUUCAACCAUCUCGGAAAAGGAUAGAGACUCGUGGUUAGACCAUUUGUUCGGCAAAGGUAAUCUUAAGCCAAAUCAUCAAACGAUCGAUGUAAGUCAACCGGCGGAGCUGAUUGAACCCGAGGUAGAGGAAGCAAAUGCAUGGGUUCACGAAGAUGAUUUUAAUAAAAAUGCGCUGGACUUCGAUAUCGAUCAACGUUUCCAAGUUCACACAAGUACCGAGAAGUCGAGUACACUUUCUACAGUGGCUCAUUCAUUACCAAUGUGGCUCACAAAGAAACCCGUACUUAAGAAAGAUGAAAAUAAAAAAUCAGGAUAUGAAAUCUUGAAUAAAACAGAACGACAUUUACUGAGAGAGCUCCCGAACAACGAGGAAGUAACAACCGAAGAAGCAUCCGUAGAAGCAUCCGAAGGAGAAGCCCGAGAACUUCCAAUCGAUCAAGAGAAACUUGUUGAAGAACAAAUCGACGAACCUAACAGGUUCGACCUACUUGCAGAUUUGACUGAACACAAAGUGAAAGAUUCUACACCUGUUCCGAUUGCCGGUGACGUAAAGUUAGAACAUCGACAGCUAGAUGAGCAAAGUACGACCGAAGCCGUUUCUGAGGAAGCAACUUCGCAGAGUGCCCCGAACAUCUACGAAGUGCACACGGAAAAAGCUCAGUCAGAAUCCCGGGAUGAAAUGUCUUCUCUACCAACCACUGCUGCCGCGGAACCUGAUGCUCGUCAAUUCGUUAAAGAGGAAAUUUUGAAAGUUUUGAAUUUACUGGAGGAAGCCAACGGUUUUACAGAGCUGAAGGAUCUUAUUUCCGAUGGGGAUGUGGACCAGUUGGUGGAUGGUUUGAGUAAUGUAGAAGUGGGCAUCAGGUGGACAGAGAUGAUUAGCGCUCUGCAAAAUUUGGUGACCGAAAAGCAGAUGCAGAAUGGUAAAAGCAUUGUGAAUAUUUUGGAACUUUGGAAGGAGAGUGAGGAAGUGCAGCUGGACACUGGUUACUUCGAUAGAACCUAUGGAGGAGGCGAUGAUGUGGAAAAUCGUGAGGGGGUAGAUGAUGUUGAAAGUGAACCGAAGCAAAAGAAGGAUGAAAUUGUUGAUAACAAUCAGAGCGAAGCUGUAAGUGAUACCUCUCCAGGUAUCGUCGAUACGAAUACGGAUUUAAACAAUAAAGCCGAUGAAACGAACACUGAAGAAAGUGCCACUGAUAGAAAUCCACGAAUCAUCAAGACAGAUGAGCAGCAAGAAACCGACCAAACAACUCAGAUCCAUUCAGAUCCAGCAUCAACCUCAGAAAGUACGCAGCAAGACGAAGAUGCCACAGAGAAAUUAGAGGAAACCACGUUACAGCCAUUUCCCACUGAUGAAACGGAACCUUUGGCGUUGGGUUGAACUAGCUUUAACGAAGGCCCUGACAGGGUCAGAUCUUACAACAACCAGCAACCCGUUCACAAGUGUAGCAGCAUAGAAAACCCCUUUAGUUGUUCUUAACAAUUUGUAAAUAAAGACGAUGACUGUUAGGUUUUGAUAAA